CAUAAUAAAGGGAAUUUACCAUAAGAAAGCUUAAACUUUAAACAAAUUUAUUUGUAUAGUUUAAAUUAUCGUAGAUUGCAUUUUGGAUUAAAAGGGGAAUUCCCUACGUUUGUUGAAGGAUAAGAAGUUUAAAACUGUGUUUGUUGCUGUACCUUUUACUACUUCAACAACACUCGAAAGCAAUGGCGAAUUAAGUGGCAUGGAUUUUAUUUUCAAUGGCUCUCAAACUUUGUAAUGCCGGAGCAUCUCCGUCGAACUGUCAGUACAAGUGCCCAGGAGGUGACGGCAACUGCAUCUAUACGUCCGGUGUGGGAUACUAUUGCAGAUUUAGCGCAGGGUGGACAGGAACUUACUGUGACGAGAUAGACAUCAACGAAUGCGCGAGCGAUCCUUGUGAGAACGAUGGCACGUGUCUCGACCGCUUGAACUACUUUGAGUGCGUCUGCCCCAUCGGCUACUAUGGCCGGUACUGUGAAACGGCGAUCUGCCAACCGAUCAUGGCAGAUGUGAUCUUCUUACUGGACUCUUCUAUCAGCAUGACUGCAGGCGACUUCCGGAAACAGCUUGACUUCAUCAAUAGGUUCGUGGACCACGUGGUUGUCGACGAGAAGAAUUUCAGGGUGAGCGUGGUCACAUUUUCGUCUAAAGCGCAACUUGAGAUUAGCCUCACUGACUACAGUGACAAUGUCACAUUGAAGAAGGCCGUCAAUAGCAUCACGUAUCGUCCAGGCGGAACGUUUACACAUCUUGGGUUGGAGAAGAUCAAACAGCAUGUCAAAGAUAUAUCGCCGAAGCGGCUUUUUGAGAACACAGGGAAGCGGUACGUGUUCCUCCUGACCGACGGCAUGUCCUCUUAUCGUCAAAGCACUCUGGAUGCUGCUGCAGAACUCAGGAAUUUUGUCACAAAGAUUCUGGCUAUAGGUAUCGGCUCGGAGAUUUCCCACGACGAGUUACUUGGCGUGGCCUCCCCGGGCGACGAACGGGCUCCCGAGUACGUGUUUUCCUUGCACAACUUUAACGCCCUGUAUACAAUCAUACAGCAACUGGUCGCCCUAACAUGCGACGAGUGUUUAUGGAACACAUCAAGUGAUGUAACAUUUCUUCUUGAUAUGAGGUCAGGAAUCACUGAUCUUCACUUUAGCCAAGCAGUAGAUGCACUUACUUACUUACUGUCAGACACCCUUAAUAAAAACUAUAACGUCACAGUCCGUCUCGCUUUGCUCUCGUUUGGCGAUGAGAGCGUACAAAUUCACCGCCAUCUGACAGACACGGCGUCAACUGACAGCUUGAUCCAAUACAUACAGACGUUGACGGUGAGUCGAUCAUGUGAGGGAGGAAGUGCCGAAUUGUGUGGUUCUUCCAACAUCAACACACUAGAUACAGCACUGCAUGACAUAGAACAGGGGAUAUUCAGUGGAAGUAAAAAUGAAACACGUCAGACAAUUAUCCUGUUCACGAAUGGUGAUCUCCGCAUCCCUACAGGGUCCAACUCGAACCAUGCCCGGCUAAAAGAGUCGGGCAAGCUGAUAUUGGUGGUUGGGUUGGGGGAGGAGUUUAAGGUCGGAUCGGUUCAAGGGCUGGUUAGCGAUCCCGCCUACGUGUAUGUGUCUAGGUCAGAGAAUUCAUUCAGAAAUUUGGACGUGAUUGCCACAGAGAUUUUACAUACCUCGUGUGAACUUACAAAUAACUUUUAAAAGACUAAUAAUGGUUACACAUAUUAAACUGACAUGAAUCGUUGUAUCAGCAGGUCGGUAUGUAUGAUCGAUUAUAUUUAUACAUUUCAUGAGCAGGAUGGUGAACGUAAAAUACUUGACAUUUGUUGAAAAUGUAUAAGUUGAAUAACGGUUUAUUUGUCUGUCAUUCGACUGUGUGCUGUUUUGAUUGUCUAUUCGUAUUUUUAUUCUAGAAUGUUCUUGCAACAAGAAUACUAUUCUUAAUUGUGCCAUCGUUUAAAUACAGUAACACUUGUGAAGCAGUAACAUACAAGUUACUAAAAGUGAAUAUCAUGAGAAUUUUAUUGAUAACUAGAAAGCUUCAGCUAAUGUAGACCCCAUUCGUUUAACCUAUAUCUUCUUUCAUAUUUUUAAAUUGACUUAUUCUUGCUACCCGUAUAUAGGAUUGUACAAAGAAAGGUCAUCAAAUAAUUCAAUAAUACCUAAACUAACAUGCAUAUGACAUGCAUAACACUUUCCGAUCACUGUCAAUAAUAAAUGUGUUAUAGUUGAUGAUCGCCUAUAAUAUUCUGUUAUUCUCAAUGAUUUAUGUUUUCAAUUACGCAAUAGCUAUGAUCAAGAACAAGGAAGUUAUUAUAUCUAUAUCUUUAUUGCAAAAAAAAUCCAAAAUCGGUUAAAGUGUAUGGCGAUAAGAGCAUUUUGACAAGAAUAGCGACACAGAAAUGAGGAAGUUAAUACAUGUAUUGAUAAAUCUCCCCUGAGGUUUUUAUCACAUAGGUUAACACGACAGAAAAGUAAGUGGCGGGUAGCUUUUUGUUUAAUUGCUGCUACCUUAAAGGGACUGUACACCAUAUUGGUACCAAAAAGU